AUGUCGAGCAAAAAUUUGUCCAAAAAGCAACAAAAAGCAGCAGAGAAAGAAGAAGAGGAAGAAGAAUACGAAGAAAAUGAAGAGGAGGAAGACGUAGAAGAAGAGGAGGAAGCAGAAGAAGACGAAGAAGAAGAAGAGGAGGAUUCAGUUGAUACAUAUGAAGUGAGAGUUUAUAACGCAGAAGGCAAAGAGAUUGUAUUUAACGAAGAUGAUGACGACGACUGGAAUCCAAUCGUCGAGGCCUCAACAAUAGAAACUGUCCAAGUCGACGAAGGAGCCACAAAGAGCAAUUUCUGGAAAUGGUUGAGAAAAGACUGGAUUGAAGCUCAUGGUGGGUUACAAGCUGUUAUUAAUGGUGGUGUCUCAUUUUGCAUUGAUGAGCCAAAAGUUGUUCAGAGUAGUUCCACUGAUACUUCCAAAGAGAAAGAAGGACGAACUGUCAGAGCACAAGUCGACUUGUUUAAUAAGACAAUUAUUGGGGAUGAAGCCAUUGAGAAAAAGCUUUUGGAAGUGGUCGACAAGACGAAGUCAAAAGACCGCGACGAACUUCCCUAUUAUCUUUUGUGGCUUGAAGAGACCGCAACGGCAGUUUCUUUGAAAUCUCGAAUUAUAGUAUCUUUAUUAAAUGUUAUAGAAACAAAUUACACCCGUACAAAGCGCCCAGGUAUUGCAUUAGAACCCGAAUUAUUUGAAAUGGUGAAAUCGGCGUUGAACCGCUUUUUCAAAAACAGUGAAGAUGAAAGCGUUGUCGAGUUGUUCAAGGACAAAUCUUUGAGUAACCAAAUUGGGCUCACUCUUUCUCGAAUAUUGGAAGACCAAAUCAGUGUAUUGAAAUUCACCAAAUAUCCCUCAGAAGGAUACUCCACCAUUCUCACUGAUGUCAUCUUCUUCAUCAAUCGCGGCUUGAACAUUCUUUCAUUAUACCAGAAAGUUGUUUUAAAAAACAAUGUGAUGUUGGAUGAAAUCACUUCGAUCUUUGUUGAGCUUGCAGUUACGAUAUUGAGAAUUGUAUACGCCUUACCAGAGUCAUCGACUUUCAUGUUUAACGCCAAAGAGAUGAAACUCGAUGAAUUGGUUGCGUCCCUUGCAACCCUAAUUUUCACCAUCUCUUCCGAAGAAGAAACUCGUUACUAUGCUUUCUUGUGUCACGCGUGUUAUUUAGCUUCUAAAGGGGAUCACAGUGGGGCUCGCUUAUUACUCAACUUCCCACCAAAUUUACAAAGCGGUGCUGUUCCAUUGCAGAUCUUACACGAUAGAGCACUUGCUUUGACUGCAAUGUCCGCUUUCAAAGAUAAAGAAUUUAAGACGACAUAUCACUGUUUACACACACUCAUUCAAUCGAAUAAAGUCAAUGUCAUGCUUGGACAAAUACAAUCAACUAUCGAAACUAGAACGGUUCCUGCUCAUAUGUACAUCGACACUAACACACUCUUUUUAAUAUACUACUUGUCUGCAACAAUCGUCGAAUCAGAGACAAAGUCUUUGGACAAGUCGAUGCUCAGAAAGUCCCUCUUAAACACCCGAUAUGUUAUUCCUUUACCACCAACAUCUGUCUCCGAUUUCUUUGGUGUUGUUUUACAAGCAAUUAUUGAUGGAGACUGGCUCCUUGCAAAAAACACCAUCGACACGAUCACAUCGACUUUCAAUAUCAAAGCAGACUUGACUGACUCCGUUAACAAAAUCAAGUCCGCUGUGAUUAAAAGCUUCGUCGCAAAGUAUAAAACGCUUUAUAAUGGUCUCACCCCAAAGUACUUAGCUCAACUCUUUGGCGCUGAUGAGCAGGAAGUUGCUCCAUUUUUGAAUUGA